AUGUCCAUGAAGGAUAAUCUGACCUCAUACGACUUCAGAGACUGUAGACAGGUAGCUGAGAGACUUGUGGAUUCCGAGAAUGAUAAAAGUUUUCCAAAGCACACGCGAAAUGCAUAUCUAGUAGUGGCUGUAUUAAUUGCAACUUCUUCUUAUCAAUCCAUUCUUAGCCCUCCUGGUGGAGGUUGGCAAAUUAGCCAAAACGACAACAUCAAUAGCAACGUUACUUUACCUGCUCCGCCUCAAGAUAAGAGCUACUUCAGUAAAGAUAAUCUCUUUUACCCGUUUUACAUCCUGAAUUCGAUUGCAUUUUAUAUUUCGGUAUCUUUGGCUUAUCUGUUGAUUCAUCACAGAGGCCGUACCGACCACGUUCACAUUAUGAUGUUUUGUUCAGUUUCAUCUAUUUCCAUCAGUUAUUUUUUCUGUUCUAUUAUCAUGGCGCCGCCAGAAAAAACAAGAUUCCCAUUAUUCACUCUGCUAGUUGGAGAACUAGUUUCUUUGCUCUUUUGCCUUUACGUUGCCUUUAGAAUGCGUCUUCUGUCGCCUCUGAUCAGUAGGCUGCUUCACCCCAAGAAAGUUAUCCUUCUUCCUCAGUAUCAGACGGACAGGAAAGUGCGUCUCGGGAAAUAUGUUGCUUGA